GCUCCAGAGUUGGCCUGGCUGUUCGGGAGCGCGCCCCGGAGGCCCGCCCUGUCUUCGUCCGGCAGGCCCGCUCUCGACGCGGCGGCUCGCCCUGGCGGUCUCAUGCAAGUAAGUCAUCACUUAGAGGAGACCGUAUAAGGAAUUCAUUUUAUUACCAGUGGCAUUUCAAACAUUUGUGAAAUCUAAGAAUCGUAACUGCAGUUCUGAUUCAUGGAUCUUCAAAGAAAGUAGAGAAGUAAUUUGGACAGCUGCUGCUUUCAUAUUUUCGUACAUUAUUGCCAUAACACUCCACCAUGUUGACCCUGCUUUGCCUUAUAUCAGAACACUGAUGAAAGAAAUUGAAGAGGACACCAAAAAAUGGAAAAACAUCUCAUGCUCAUGGACUGGAAGAACAGAUAUUGUUAAAAUGUCUAUCCUACCCAAACCCAACAUCUAACGUUAACAUUUUAAAAUUCAGAUUUCACGUUUGAUAUUAUAAGAACAAAAGGAACAUAAAAAGGAAGUUGUGUUUGGUUCUAGAAAAAUAGAAAUGUGGAGAUGGGGUAAGAUUCAUUUAGUGAAUUAGUGAGUUAUGCCUUCUUUUCCAAAUAAGUAUUUGAGGUUGUCUCAGAAGAUAGAUGUGGAGUUCUUCUCCCGUUAAAAUUCAAAAAUGCUGCAAACAACAGCAAUAGUAUUAAAAUAUAAUGGUGAUGGCAACUAUUUUUUGACCUACUGUGUACAAGGUAACAUUUUAAGAAUUUACCUAAUUGUACCUUUUAAAAAUAUGUAGAAGAGAUCAGACGUUACCAUCUACAUUUGUUCUCAAAGUAGCGCGAUAUGGAGCAAAGGAUAUCAACAAAUUGGGUAUGCUCUGGGAAGAUGUACAAAAACCAAAGAUACUAUAGAAUUUAAGGUUCCAGUUCUAGGAAUAAUCUGAAUAAAACCCACUGUUCACCUCGCUCUGCUAGAGGAACGUAGCUUAAGGCGCCAGUCACUCCUUAGAGAACAUGUGUCUAUGAUUCCUGAGUGUCCGUCCGCAUUGUUAUUUCCCUUUUGAGAAAGUGCUUUCACUUUAAAGAGCUUUUAAUCUGUUAAGAGGCCAUUGGGUUCUUCAGAGUUUCAGUUCUGUGAUGGUACUGCAUGUGAUUUUCUGACAAAUAGUAGCCUAGGCACUUCCUUUUCCAUCCCUGUCACUCUGCCUUUUUAUUUUCCUCCUAAUGACCUUAGUAUUAUUAGCCUGGGAUCUUUCUCCAACAUUCUAAUAUAUCUAAACUCAGUAGUACUUACUUUUACUUCUCAGGCGCAUUUUCUUCAUCUGAAAAAUGAUGGAAUUCAACUGGAUGCUCUGCAAACUUCCUUUCACUUCACAGACAUUAUCUGAAAGGUUUAAUUGUUAAUAGUCCCAAAAGACAUAACCAACUGUAAAUUUCAUUCCAAAGACAAUUCUCCUGCAAGUGUGCUUCAGGUGUUCUCUUAGCGGUUCAAGCAGUGGAUGCUCAGGUAGAAUGCACAAGACUAGUUCGGGGCAUGAGAAGAAAUUAUUAGAAAUUCUGUGUGUAUUUUUUUAAUGUCCAUAUUUAAACUUAUAUAAUACAUUUUGAAGUUACAUGGUCAGAUUUUUUUGUUGUUAUGUUAGUGUAUGAUCAAAAUAGUUUGAUGACCACUGGGUUGGGACAUCAUGCUGAUGAGGUGAUGGACUUGGCUGUUGUCACUUGUGGGCCAGUUUCUGUCAUUCUGAGGCAGAGCCGAGAAGGGAGCACACUUAGCCAGUCAUUUUGGAAAUGCAUGCUUUUGUUUAUUUAUGGGAUAGUUCAAAACUGUAGCAUCACUUGAAAUACAACUAUUAUGAAUUAUUAUGGAUAUUUUUCUGAUUAUAAGAAUACAUAUAAAUUAUUUUUGAAAGUUUGAAAGGUAGAAGAAACAAACGAAACCAUAAUCUCCACCUCCUGAAGAUGAUCAGAGUAACAGAAUCUUUUAUUUCUGACAAAAGACAUUUUAGAGUCAGAAGGAGCAAUACUUAAGAAUUCAUAUUCUCUACGUUACUUUUCCUGAACUUAACCCAAAUCUUCACCAAACCUUAUUGAUUCCUUACCAGAUGCAAGUUUCCAUUUCUUUUUUAAUCCCAUUACAUUGUGUUAGUAGAGAUCCUUAUUAUUUUUGAAAGAGACUUUGAGAAAGUCUUUGUCUUUUUCAUCUUUACUGUAGUUUGAGGGAAGGGAAAGGAAUUAGCAUUUAAUAUGUAUCUCCCUGCGCCUACUACUCUGCUAGAUCUUCGCAUGUAGGGCCAUGGUUUCAUUUCCUCAUGUUGGGCUGGUGAGACUGGGAGGGAAUUAAUAGCCCCAUUUUGUAGAUAAAGAACAGUCAGAGGGAGUGAAAAGAACAUACCCGAGGCUCCACAGUAAAUGGCCGAUGGACUGUUGAUCUCUGUAUUCCUCACUGCCCUGAAACACAGGCAUGUAAACCGAUACAUUGCAAUACAUUGUACUAAGUGACUCUAACAGAAGUCUGGACAGAAUGCUUCGUGAGUCUGCAUGCUGCUGGAGGAGUUGGCUAAGGCUGAGGAGAGGAGGGGACCCAAAGCUGGUCUCGCGUGGAAGCUCCAGGAAGUGACACCGGUACCCUGCCUCCAGAAAAAUGCUUGUUUGGGGCAAUGUUAAAUAUUGCCGCAGUUUUAUGCAUUGCCACAAUUUAUGUUCGUUACAAACAAGUUCAUGCUCUGAAUCCUGAAGAGAGUCGGAUCAUCAGAAUAAACAAGGCUGGCCUUGCCCUUGGAUUACUGAGUUGUUUUGGACUUUCUAUUGUGGCAAACUUCCAGAAAACAGACUUUUUUGCUGUACACAUAUGUGGAGCUGUGCUCACCUUUGGUAUGGGUUCGUUAUAUAUGUUGGUUCAGACCGUCCUUUCCUACCAAAUGCAGCCCAAAAUUCAUGGGAAACAAGUCUUCUGGAUUAGGCUAUUGCUGGUUAUCUGGUGUGGAGUAAGUGCAUUGACCAUGCUGACUUCCUCAUCAUUUUUGCACAGUGGCAAAUUUGGCACAGAUGUAGACCAGAAACUCCAUUGGAACCCCGAGGACAAAGGCUAUGUGCUUCACAUGAUCACCACUGCGGCAGAAUGGUCUAUGUCAUUCUCCUUCUUUGCUUUUUUCCUGACUUAUGUCCGUGAUUUUCAGAAAAUUUCUUUACGAGUGGAAGCCAAUUUACAAGGAUUAACCCUCUAUGACACUGCUCCUUGCCCUGUUAACAAUGACCGAACACGGCUACUUUCCAGAGAUUUAUGAUGAAGGGAUAAAACAUUGCUGUGAUGAUUGUGAUUCUCAGGGAGUGGGGAAAAUGUUCGUGAAAGUUACUUAACCCUGCUCUGAAGUUUUCAACCAGUUAAUCAAGGCUGACAGUGUUAUUGAUGAACACUGAUAAUCAAGAGAAAUAAAGCCAUUUGAUAAGUUAUUUUAAAGGAUAUCAUCAAGAAGAGCAUGGGAAAACAUUUAUGCCUAUACUUUUUUUAAUCUCAGAAAAUAAAACCAAAGGACUACAACAUUGUAGAUUUUUUUCUACUUAAGAGAAACAACCAGAAGUGCUCCAAGCAGUCUACAAAACCCAGCCUUUCAUAUUUUCUAAAUCAUUGUAAAGCAUGUUUUGUUUGAUACAAGACAUUUUCCAGGACCCCAAAUACUCAACAUUGCUCAGCAGCUUCUUUAGAAUUAGGUUUUGAAGAAAUAGUUUUACCAUAUCAAUACAUUUCUUACAGUCUUUAUAAAGUUUUUUUCUUCUGGAAUCCACUAAUUAAGGGGAACAGACCUGAAUUUAUUCAAGUAAGCACUUUCAUUGCUUGGGCAUUGCACAAGUGAUUCUGUAGGUAUUGAUUUAAUUCUUGCCACAAGACCAAAUAUUAUGCCAACUGGUCUGUCACACAUCCUUGCAAUAGGUUCAUCAACCUUAGUCUCUGAAAUGAGAUUUUAAUCACUUAAUGCAUGAGAGAAGUAGCUAUAGGUAAAUUUACUUCGUGAUUUAUGUAAAAUAAGGGCUAGGGUUCAUACAUAAGGCUGAGAAAUUUGUGAGUAAGAGCAGAUAUGAUUAAUGUACAUUAUCACAAGCUGCAGUCAAUGAGCUUCUUAGAUUUUCACAUAUAGAAAUUAUAAUUAUUUGUAAAAGUAGUCUUGAAUGAGCAACUAGCACACACCUUUAAACAGAGUGUGAUCAUUGUAGGAAGGACAAAAUCAAUUGAAGUGGGGGAACUGGGUACAAAAUAGUUAUGUAACAUGCAUCCACCAAAGCAACUUUCUCUUUCUCUGUCGUGUAAGUGAUUGGAUAGCUUCUACUUGGAUCCAUAUUUGUGCAGAUAAAGAAUGGUUUACAGACGCCAGAUCAAGUUCAAAAGAAGAAAAUGAUUAUCCAGAAGGUGGUGCCCAGUGACUGGUUCUCAAAAGAAUCUUUGAAGAAGAUUAACAGGGUUUGUCAUUUUAGAAGAAAUGGUUCUGUGGCCAAAAUAAAAGAUGGUGACAACAAGUUUAAUGUAUAAGAGGGAGCCCUUUAAAAGCCCUUUCCGGUGGAAUUAGAAGUCUCAAUUAAGAAUAACUUGCUAGAUACAGGACUGUGUAAAUAAUACUUCUGAAGACUUCCGGGCUAAUAAGAAUGAAAGUGGAAUAAAAUACUAUUUACUUAUACAUGCAGUAGUGACCAUGGGAGAUAUUUCAAUAAAUAUUGAUUCAUUGAAAUCUCAUCACUAGAAAAAAAUUUGGAUACAAACCAUAAACAAUUUCUUUCAUGCCUCUGAAAAUUAUGGUGCAACCACACCAGAGAACCAGGGGUCCGUCCUGACUCCUGUACCUCAAGGAAGCUGAAAUUCAAGUUGUGAAGGACCACACAUGGUGAGAGGGGAAUGAUAGAAUCAAAGCUUAUGAAUUACAUGUGGGGAGGAUGACACACAGAAGAACUUGUACUUGCAGGUCUGUACUAGAAUAUUAGGGUUAGAAAUAUGCACUAACACAUUAAAGAAAUUACUGCAAAACAAAAUGUUACUUCUACAGUAUUUUAAUCCCAUUAUUUAACCUUUACCCUUAGACCUGACAGAGGAUGAAAAUGUUAAGUUCAAAAGGGAUUAUAAAUAGAUUUCUGAGUGUGUGUUUAUCCCUCACACUGAAGUAAUGGGAGAGAACCACACCCUCCCUUGCCUCCAAUGUCAGUACAGUAGCUAGUAUAAACAGAUAAGGCAUUUUUCUUCAAUUCAAUCAACAUUCCGUAUUGAACACUUAGUGUUCAGGAUAGAAGAUUUUAAGCUGACAAAAGUAACAGAUUCUAUGAACAAAAUGUAUCUAUUUCUUUUUAGUUCUGGAUACACUGCAAAACUGCAUUUCCCAGUCCCCCUUUCAAUUAAGAAUUGCCUGAGACUGAAUAUUAGCCAGUGAAAUGUAAAUGAAAUGGCUGUUUGCUGUUUUCAUAUUAAGAUUCUGAAAAAUGGGAAUGCCCUUACCCUUUUUUUUCCUUCUUACAUUCAAUGGAUAUUAAUAAGAUUUUAGGAGAUGGCAGAAUCACAUGGCAAAAGGAACCUGAACUAGCCCACCUCUAAUUUUAGAUUUUAGAAAAUCAAACAAGAUCUUCUGUAAUUUAGGAAUUCCAUUUUUAUCCAUCCCAGUUACUGAAUUUUAUUUUGCUGGAAUAGUGUCAUAUAUUGUGUUUAUGGAUUUAUGAAACAGAAAGAACUUUUCUUAUCUCUUCUGCCUUGUCCUGUAUAGACUCACUGUGAAAUGAAGUUCAGUAAACAUUGGCUUAUCUUCAUAAA